AGUUGGUGCUUAAAAACAUUACAUGAAACUAUUAUGAAGCUGAAGAAUCUGAAACAGCUUAUAUUUUCUCUCAAAAUGAGGAGAAAGAAGAGAGAACGUAACAACAUCCUUCUUCACGGCUCCAGCUACUUUUCCACUGGCCUUAACCUCAUUAUCUGGCGGAAGCGCCAUCGUCUCUUCUCCUUCAUCUCCGCCGUCUUCGGUUGUUUCCUCCUCUUACUCUUCGCCUUCUCCGUUUUCUCUUCUCCUCCUAUCGCCACCGAUCAUUUCCUCCCUCAUUACUCCUCCUCCUCCUCUGUGAAAGAAAGAGAGGCUGUCGAGUCUAAUUUGGAUGCGGUGUUUCGAGUUCCGGCAAGUGGAGGAUAUUUAGGUCGUGAUUUAUGGAGUUCGAGCCAAUCAAAGUUCUAUUAUGGAUGCAGUAACGCCUCUAUGAAGUUUCAAACUGCUGAUGUGAAAACGCAUCCCAAUCGAUACUUGUUGAUUGCUACCAGUGGAGGCUUAAAUCAACAGAGAACAGGGAUAACAGACGCAGUUGUUGCAGCAUAUGUUUUAAAUGCAACUCUGGUCAUUCCCAAGCUGGACCAACAUUCUUACUGGAAAGAUACCAGUGAUUUUGCUGAAAUAUUCAAUGUUGACUGGUUCAUUUCAUCUCUCUCUCGAGAUGUUGAAAUCAUCAAAGAACUACCACCAAAGGGAGGGAAAGCUUGGAUUCCACGAAGCAUGCGUGUUCCUAGGAAGUGCAAUCCAAAAUGCUAUCAGACACGUCUUCUACCUAUUCUAAACAAAAAGCAUGCUGUUGAGCUUACAAAGUUUGAUUACAGGCUUUCAAAUAGGUUGGACACAGAUUUACAAAAGCUUCGAUGUAGGGUUAACUACCAUGCUUUAAGAUUCACAGACCCCAUUCUUCAAAUGGGCAAACGCUUGGUUGAGAGGAUGAGGAUGAACGCUGAGCAUUUUAUUGCCUUGCACUUGAGGUUUGAACCUGAUAUGCUCGCGUUUUCUGGAUGUUAUUACGGGGGAGGAGACAAAGAAAGGGGAGAACUUGGUGCAAUCCGGAAGAGGUGGAAAACUUUACAUGUGAGCAACCCUGAAAAGGUGAGAAGGCAUGGAAGAUGCCCACUAACCCCAGAGGAAAUUGGUCUAAUGCUGAGAGCAUUGGGGUUUGGAAGUGAUGUUCACAUUUAUGUGGCAUCAGGUGAAGUUUAUGGGGGUGAAGAGACAUUGGCUCCGCUCAAAGCACUCUUCCCUAAUUUUCAUUCAAAAGAGACUAUAGCCACCAAGGAGGAGUUGGCACCAUUUUCAUCAUUUUCUGGUCGCAUGGCUGCACUGGAUUACAUUGUUUGUGAUGAAAGUGAUGUUUUUGUUACAAAUAAUAACGGAAACAUGGCUAGAAUGUUAGCUGGACGAAGGAGAUACUUUGGGCACAAACCAACAAUUCGACCUAAUGCCAAGAAACUGUACAAAUUGUUCUUGGACCGAAAUAACAUGACAUGGGAAGAGUUUGCCUCUAAGGUUCGAGCAUAUCAGAUUGGUUUCAUGGGAGAGCCAAAAGAGAUGAAACCCGGCAGGGGUGAGUUUCAUGAAAACCCAGAUAGCUGCAUAUGUGAGACCGAGGGAGUCAAAACAAAUCAAAAUCAUCAAACUCCUGAAGACCAAGAAAACGAUAACAAGAUGAAGGAUGCUACGGAAGUGAGUGAUGAACAACAGUCCAUCGAGGAGGAUCCGGAUUGGACCGAUAUUGAUUAUUUGGACAACCUUGGUGGGUUGAAGGAGCUGUCCAAUCUGGACAGCAGUGUGUUAACGAAACAAGAACAACCCGAAGUGGAAGAGUUCUUUUCAGACUGAAAAAAUGGAGUAGCCUGGCAAAUUCCUAGUGAAAAUUCUUUUCUCCUACUAAUGUGACCGUGACGGCAAAGCACUCUUGUACAUAGAAGGCCUGGGGCAGUCGAGGGUUGGGCGUCCGGUUUCUGUAAAUGUUAGUACAUAAUGGGACAGUGAGGAGUACAAGCUUCCUGUUUUGACAUUAUUAUUUUUAUGAUUGGAGGGGUACAUUGGUUGGGGAUUAAAGUUAGUUUAGCUGUUAGGUUAUUCUUAAGUUAGCUCCAAAAAAGAAAAAGGAAAAAGGAAAAUACCUUGUCUCUAGUGUUUUAUCGAGAGACAGAAUGGCGAAGUACAGCCAAUAAUUGAUGCAAUAGAAAUGAAUGUUUUUACCUUUUA